AUGGCUUCGGCUCUCUUGAAAGCUGGGGCAAAUGUGCACGCUAGAGUUCAAAAUCACAUUCGGCCCAGAGGAGAGACUCCCAUCAUAUUCGCUUUCAACAACCCCGACAUGAUUAGAAUUCUUCUGGAACAUGGAUGUGACACCAUUGUUGAGACGAACCUGAACUGGGAAACUCCCCUGUCAUGGUUUGCUCGUGGAGUCUGCAAUGUUGAGCGAAAUGACCUCAGGAGACGCAAUUGGAAACGGUCGUUGGAAUUGCUCAUGAAUAAUGGCAUGGACAUCGACCUUCCCUCGAAGCAGGCAGGUUAUGAAGGUCGAACACCCAUUCACGACGCUAUACUGUGGCGAAACGCCGCCCUAUUGGAGCUUUUGUUGAAAAGAGGAGCGAGGUAUGAUGCGAUCGAUAAGAACGGGUCUGGCAUCUUGCACUUGGCGGCUCAGAGUGCAAAUCUGGAUGUCAUCGAGAUUCUUAGGGAUGCCUGCAUAAGGGGUCUAAGUCCAACCCAGCCAAACGUCGCAGGUGACCCGCCGAUGAAGAUUUUGAUGGCCAGAAUGCUCGGCGAGGAAGCCAGGCGCCAGCCAGGAGAUACAGUGCCAGCAUAUGACGAGUUUCUCCUUUUCAAACAGCUUCUGCAAGAAAUUCAGAAACGAAAUUUGGGGCUGUUUAGGACGAGAGACCACGUCGAUUCGGUCGAAGACGAUGCCAUCUCCGAGAUUGGCGGGCCGAAAGCCGCCUGCGUCGGCGACGACAACCGAACGUUUGAGAGCAAUCUGGCAUAUAUGAACACGGUUCUGUCAACUGGUUCCAUAGGGGAGUCUUCCAUAGGGGAGUCUUCUUGA